AUGGAGUUCUCACGAAGGGGCUGGUCUCCUCGAUCGACGACUAUCGGCAUUACUUUGCUUACUUUACUUACACUUGUGAAUGCGCAACAACCAGUACAAGUCAAGCUGGACGAUGGAUCAUACUCUGGUUUGACAGCGAAUGGCGUCAACAAAUUCUUGGGCAUUCGGUAUGCGGCACCACCACAACGCUUUGCACCACCGGCGCCUGCUUCGAUGGCGCCUCACAACGACGUAAUCAACGCGACAGCCUUCGCUCCAUCCUGUAUUCAGGCUAUACCUGCUGCGAUUGCUGCCAUGAUGCCGUCCGGUCCUGAAAGCGAAGACUGCUUGUUCGUCAAUGUCUACGCACCUUCUUCUCCUCCACCCGCCGAAGGAAGAACUGUCAUGGUAUGGUACUAUGGCGGGGGCUUUCAAUUUGGUUCUGCCAACACACCGAUGUUCGAUGGCUCGAGCUUUGCACAGAAUCAAGACGUGAUCGUCGUGACGCCAAACUACCGGACGAGUGUCUUCGGAUUCCCAGGCGAUGUCGAGGGCAUACCUCAGCAAAUGCGCAACGUCGGUCUUAUGGACCAGAAACUAGCGCUUCAAUGGGUUCAGCGUAACAUCAAAGCCUUCGGUGGUGACCCAAAUAAGGUGACUUUAUUCGGAGAGUCAGCUGGUGGCUCAUCAGUCGACCUCUUACUACUCACAAGCGGUGCCCAGCCCCCGUUCCGUGCGGUGAUCACCGAGUCUGGAACCGCAUAUCUCGUAACUGGACCCCAAGCAGGCGGAGAUAUCGUCGGACUCAUGACCGGCCUCUUGGGCAGACCAAACAUGACGACCCCAUUUCAAACUCUUGCAGCUUCGCUCAAUUGCGGCAGCCAGAAGCCGCUUGAUUGCGUUAGAGCCGCUCCGGUCGACGCCCUUGUGUCCGUACUCUCUAAAGGUCCUUUCAACUUCCCACCUGUAGCCGACGGAGAUGCAAACGUACCGACCUCACCUGAUGCUACACGGGCUUCCGGCAAGGUUUCCAAGAUACCCAUGAUGAUAGGAACGAACCUCAGAGAAGCCGAAAUCUUCACGAUGGGUCAGCCACCGACCGCUUUGGAUGCCUUUGUCGCAGCAACAUUUCCUGGCGACGAUGCGUUGCAAAAAGCUGUGACUGCCGGAUAUCCAGUCGGAGCCGGGAUGCCUUUCUCAACUCCAAAGGAUGCAAUUACACAAUUCGCUACGGACUUGGAUUGGAGCUGCAGCAUUGCGCAUGAAGCUCGUCUUUCGGCCCAAGCCGGUGUGCCAACUUGGAGAUAUCUCUUCAACUCCACCUCGUUCCCGCCAACACCCGGAGGUAUCUUGUCUCGCCCGGUACACGGCUCUGAGAUCAGCUUCGUCUUUGGCAAUCUCCCGCCGCCGCCGGCAACACCUGAUCAAGCUCUUGCCUUGAGCAAGUUCAUGCAGACGGCAUGGGCCAACUUUGCCAAGAACCCCGCCAAUGGACCUGGAGUGCCUGCGUGGACGCAAUUUUCUGGCAAGCCUGGGGCGAUGGAUCUGGGAAACUUGGGUGGUGUUGUCGGGGACGGAGUAUCUAUGACAGAUUCAAAUGUGAUCGAUAGUCGUUGCAAUCUCUUUGAUGCGUCAUACGCUAGGAAAGUGUAG